AUGGUAUUCCUGAAAGUAGUACUGCUUGCUCUUUUGACAAGGGCACAAGAGCCUAUUUGCAGGUUACAAGGAAGACCAGAAUUGCCUCUGUUUUCAAAGGAUGGAAACAUAAUAAUUGGAGGAAUCUUUUCACUCCGUAGCAGCAUUGUUCCCAGAACACAGACCUUCACAAACUUUCCGGAAGCUACUACAUGCCAUGGAUUAAGUUUGAGAGAAUUUCAGUUUUCUCAAACCAUGAUGUUUGCUAUAGAAGAAAUAAAUAACAGUACAGAUAUUCUUCCUGGUGUUUCCCUGGGCUAUAAGAUUUAUGAUGCUUGUGGUUCUAUAACUCUGGCUAUAAGAGCAGCAAUGGCUUUAAUGAAUGGGCAGGAAGAAGGUACACCCCUCGACAAAUCUUGCACCAAACCAUCAACUGCUCUUGCUAUUGUAGGGCAUUCCAGUUCAUCACCAUCCAUAGGAAUUGCAACAACAAUUGGAGGUUUCCGUAUACCAGUGAUAAGUCAUUUUGCUACUUGUGCAUGUCUCAGCAACAGGGAUGCGUUUCCUACAUUUUUCAGAACCAUACCAAGUGAUUAUUAUCAAAGCAGAGCCCUGGCACAGCUUGUGAAGCAUUUCGGAUGGACUUGGGUUGGAACUAUUAGAAGUGACAAUGAUUAUGGCAACUCAGGAAUGGCUACUUUUGUGAAAGAAGCCAGACAGGAGGGUAUUUGCAUUGAAUACUCAGAAGCAUUUUUAAGAACUGACUCAAGAGAGAUGAUUUUAAGAAUUAUAGAUGUUAUUAAAAAGUCCACCUCAAAGGUUAUUGUUGCUUUCCUGGCUAAAGGAGAAAUGACAGUUUUGUUAGAAGAAUUGUUGCUUCAGAAUGUUACUGGCAUGCAGUGGAUAGGCAGUGAAUCUUGGAUUACUGCCAGCAACUUUGCAACAGGAGAAGGUUAUAAUGUUCUGCGUGGGGCAAUAGGAUUUUCAAUCAGUAGUGCAGUAAUUACAGGUUUGAAGGAAUUUUUAGUUAAUGUUAAUCCAUACGAUGAGCCUGACAACAUUUUUUUGAAGGAGUUUUGGGAAACUGUUUUCAGUUGUACACUGACAACAGAAGACAAGACUGCAAAUUUAAAUCCAUGUACAGGGUCUGAGAAUUUAAGAAACGUGAAUAACCAGUUCACUGAUGUAUCUGAGCUAAGAAUUUCCAAUAAUGUAUACAAAGCUGUGUAUGCUAUAGCACAUUCACUUCACAAUCUUUUUUCAUGCAAAAAUGGGCAAGGUCCUUUUCCUGAUAAAACAUGUCCAAACCUUAUGAAGAUUGAACCAUGGCAGGUACUCCAUUAUAUGAAAACAGUUAAUUUCACAACCAAAACUGGGGAGAAGGUAUUUUUUGAUGAUAAUGGGGACCCAGCAGCAAAAUAUGAAUUAGUAAACUGGCAUCCUAAUAAAAAUGGCAAAACUGAAUUUGUUACAGUUGGCUUCUAUGAUGCAUCUUUACUAGCAGGGAAACAAUUUACAAUGAAUAACAUCAGCAUUGUUUGGGCAAAUGAUCAGGACAAAGCGCCUAAAUCAGUGUGCAGUGAGAGCUGUCCUCCAGGCACUCGGAAGGCUAUUCAGAAAGGAAAGCCUGUUUGUUGCUUUGACUGCAUUUCAUGUGCAGAAGGAGAAAUCAGCAAUCAGACAGAUUCCAAUGAUUGCUUGAAGUGCCCUGUGGAAUACUGGUCAAACGAGCAGAGAGAUGAAUGUAUCUUAAAGAAUGUUGAAUUUUUAUCAUUUGGAGAAAUCAUGGGAGUAGUGCUGGUGAUAUGCUCAUUGGUUGGAACAUGUGUAACCAUAGCUAUAGCUGUUAUUUUCUUUUGUUACAGGGAGACCCCCAUUGUUAAAGCUAAUAACUCUGAACUCAGUUUCCUUCUUUUGUUUUCUUUAACACUAUGUUUCCUUUGUUCACUUACUUUCAUUGGCCAGCCCUCUGAGUUGUCCUGCAUGUUGCGCCACACUGCCUUUGGGAUCACAUUUGUCCUGUGCAUCUCUUGUGUUCUGGGGAAAACAAUGGUUGUGUUAAUGGCGUUUAGAGCUACACUUCCUGGUGAUAAUAUUAUGAAAUGGUUUGGACCCAUCCAACAAAGGUUAAGUGUUUUUGCAUUCACAUUCAUUCAGGGAUUAAUAUGCACACUUUGGUUGGCUAUAUCCCCUCCUUUUCCAAACAAAAACAUAAAAUCCCACAACGACAGAAUCAUUUUGGAAUGUGAAGUGGGAUCUGUUGCAGCUUUUUGUGCUGUGUUAGGGUAUAUUGGGUUUCUUGCUGCCAUGUGCUUUGUGCUUGCCUUUUUGGCUCGUAAGCUGCCAGACAACUUUAAUGAAGCUAAAUUCAUUACAUUUAGCAUGCUCAUAUUCUGUGCUGUUUGGAUCACUUUCAUCCCAGCUUACAUCAGUUCACCUGGGAAGUACACUGUUGCUGUAGAAAUAUUUGCAAUUCUAGCUUCCAGUUUUGGUUUGCUUUUCUGUAUUUUUGGUCCCAAAUGUUAUAUUAUAUUAUUGAAACCUGAACAGAAUACCAAAAAACAUUUAAUGGGUAAAAUGUAA